AUGUCAUGUGCAGAUAAAUUCCCUGUAAGUUCAUCUUCUCUUUCUUCUUCUUCUUCAAAAUUUGUUACCAACACCAAAACAAAACCUCUUUCGAGUCACUUUCCACCGCUUAAUCCAAGAUGGGUGUGUCCCCCUAUUACUUGUUUCCGUUCAAAGACUCCACCUUUACAAACAAAAGUUGCGUCCUUUACAAACCAUAAGAAGAAAAGCAAAAGUUAUGAUAAUGUUUCAACUUCAAUUUUGAAGAGUUUGGAAUUGUCUAAUGAUGUUGAAGAUACCCUUGAUUCCUUUGAUGGGAAUAUUAGUCCACGGGAAAUCACUGUUAUUCUUCAAAAACAGAGAAAUUGGGAAAGUGUUGUUAGGGUAUUUAAGUGGUUCAAAUCUCAGCAAGGGUAUGUUCAUAAUGUAAUUCAUUAUAAUGUUGUGCUUAGGAUUCUUGGUAGAGCUCAACAAUGGGACCAAUUGAGGCUUUGUUGGAUAGAGAUGGCGAACAACCAUGUUUUGCCUCAGAAUAAUACUUACAGCAUACUUGUUGAUUGUUAUGGCAAAGCUGGUCUUGCCAAAGAGGCUCUUUUGUGGAUUAAGCAUAUGAGAAUGAGAGGCUUUUUUCCUGACGAGGUUACCAUGAGUACUGUUAUUAAGGUUUUGAAGGAUGUUCGUGAGUUCGAUAGGGCUGAUAGGUUUUACAAGAAUUGGCGUGGUGGGAAGGUUGACUUGGAUGAUCUUGAUUUUGAUCCUUUGACUUUGAAUACUAAUGGUUCGAGAUCGUCCGUGCCUCUUAGUUUCAAGCAGUUUAUUUCAACUGAGCUUUUUAAGACAGGUGGGGGAAUUCGGGAUUCUGAUGCUAAGUCGUCGUUGGAUAUGGAGAGUGCUCCCCCAAAACCGAGGUUAUCUACCACUUACAAUACCCUUAUAGAUAUGUAUGGCAAGGCCGGACGGCUAAAAGACGCUGCUGAUGUCUUUGCUGAUAUGAUGAAAUCUGGAGUGGCAUUGGAUACUUGCACUUUUAAUACUAUGGUAUUUAUUACUGGAAGUCGUGGUAAUUUGGUUGAAGCCGAAUCGUUGCUUGUUAAAAUGGAAGAGAAGGCUGUAUCCCCUAAUACGAGAACUUACAACGUUUUGUUGUCUUUGUAUGCUGGUGCGGGGAAUGUGGAUGCUGCUCUUUCUUAUUAUAGAAGGAUUCGAGAGGCUGGGCUCUUCCCGGAUGCGGUAACUUACAGAGCUCUUCUUGGUGUGAUAUGCGCAGAGAAUAUGGUUCAGGCUGUGGAAAGCGUGAUUGAUGAUAUGGAGAAAUCUUCUGUAUCUGUUGAGCAUUCUCUUCCUGCUAUCGUCAAGAUGUAUAUUAGGGAAGGAGAUCUUGAUAAAGCAAAUGACUUGCUUCAGAAGUUUCAAAUGACUAGGGAACCAUCUUCGGUUAUAUGUGCUGCAAUUAUUGAUGCUUUUGGCGAGAGCGGGUUUUUGGCUGAAGCGGAGACUAUGUUUUAUAGGCCAAGGCACAUGGCACGACAAGCGAGGGAUAUAUUAGAGUUUAAUGUCAUGAUCAAAGCGUACGGCAAAGCAAAACUUUAUGACAAGGCUGUUUUUCUCUUCGAAGAAAUGAAAAAUCAAGGAAUUUGCUCUACUGAUGCUACAUACAAUUCUCUUAUUCAAAUGUUAUCUGGUGCUGAUUUAGUGGACCAGGCAAGGGACCUUAUAAUUGAAAUGCAGGAAAUGGGGUUUAAGCCAGGUUGUCAAACUUUCUCUGCUGUUAUUGGAAGCUAUACCCGUCUUGGUCAGCUUUCCGAUGCAGUCGAUGUGUACGAGGAAAUGUUAAAAACUAGUGUAAAACCAAAUGUGGUUGUGUAUGGUUCUCUAAUAAACGGAUUUGCAGAACAUGGCAGUCUUGAUGAGGCGCUUCAUUACUUCGACUUGAUGAAAGAAUCAGGAUUUUCAGCAAAUUUAAUUGUGUUAUCAGCCCUACUAAAGUCCUAUGGUAAGGCUGGUGACUUGGAAGGAGUAAAGUCCAUCUACGAGCAGAUGCAGAACAUGGAAGGUGGUCUAGAUAUUGUUGCAUGUAAUAGUAUGAUUACUACCUUUGCCACACUCGGUGUGGUAUCCGAAGCCAGGCAUAUUUUUGAAAAUUUGAAAAAGGCGGGUCGGGCUAAUAGUGUUUCAUAUGAAAUAAUGAUGUAUCUUUAUAAAGACAUUGGCCUGUUUGAGGAGGCAAUCAAGAUAGCAGAAGAGAUGAAAAUGUCAGGCUUACUGAGAGAGUGUUAUUCAUAUAACAAGGUAAUGACCUGUUAUUCCGUUAAUAGGCAAUUUCAUGAGUGUGGCAAAUUACUAUGCGAGAUGGUAUCGAAGAAGGUUUUGCCAAAUGCUGAAACAUUGUUUGUGUUAUUCUCUAUACUAAAGAAGGGGUUGUUUCCUAUUGAAGCAGUGGAACAGUUAGAGUCAUGUUUCGAGGAGGGGAAACCUUUCGCUUUACAAGCAACCUACGCUUCUUUGUACUCUUUACUUGGGAUGCAUGCUUUGGCACUUGAAUUUCUUCAAACAUUUAUAGAGUCUGAGCUUGAAUCUGCUGCUGCCUAUAAUGUGGCAAUCUAUGUAUAUGCUUCAGCUGGAGAUGUUGUGAAGGCGUUGAAUAUACACAUGAAAAUGCGGGAUAAGCACGUGGAACCAGACAUUGUCACUCAGAUUUUUCUGGUAGGUUGUUAUGGAAAAGCUCGCAUGGUUGAAGGUGUGAAAAAGAUACAUAGCCUGUUAGAAUAUGGAGAGGUUGAACGGAGUGAGUCGUUGUUCAAGGCUAUUAAAUAUGCCUAUAAACUCUGCAAUAGGCGUGUUGAUAUGGGAUUCACGCUCGACUCGGAAGAAUAUUCUGAAGCUGAAAGUGAAUAUUCUGAAGCUGAAAGUGAAUAUUCUGAAUAUGAUAAUGGAAGUGAAACUGAAUAUGACUCUAAUUCUGAUUGA